AUGAAGUUAACCAAGACUCUCAUUGCGUUAUCCAACUUUUAUACAAUGACUGCUGGUCUUGUUGCUGCUCCUCUUGAUGGAUACAAUAUUAUGAUUCCUGAAUGGGAGGUUGAGAUCUCUCUUGGAAGAUCUACUGUGCGCCUAAAUGGCACAAUCCAGGAAGUCCAUGAGGCACUUCUCAAGCUGAAUCCCAGCUGGAAUGAGCAUUAUAUGAAGGAAAUGCCACAGGAGAGCUCAGAGGUUACUCAGCCUGCCGACAGCUUCACUCUGGAGAAACGCGCCGACUUCAGCAAUGACAAAUAUCUCUGCCGUGGUAGGUGGGCAGAAUGCAGUGCGUCCGCUGCUAGCAAUGGUGUGCAUUAUUUAAGGUUCGUACAAGGUUGGCCUACAAAUGGGCCUGGACCAGGGAACUGUGGCCGAGUGAGUUGUUCUUAUAAGUCUGCGAUCAGGUGGUGCAAUGACAAUGCCAGCGCAAAAAGGCUCGGGGGCUUUAACGACAUCGCUGAUGGUGCCCAAUACAUCCUCGACAAGUGCACGCGAAAUCGUUGGUCCGGCUGGCAAUACGGGGAGUUUGCUUCUGGUCAGGCCUUCCAUAAGGACAAUUGGAAUGUUAUUGUUAGAUAUGACGAUAAUAGCUGCUAAGGCAAUAGCUUCGAUAUAGGCUACGAUGCCAAGCGAAGUAGGGAGCGAGAAGGACAUAUCUCAUCGAUGGUUUGGCUUGGUAGCAGUGGCGAGUACUGCUCGGGCGGUUUUAUAAAUCGACUAUCA